ACCAAUUCCUCAUAUCAAUUUUAAAAGAACAGAAUUAUCUUUGAGAGAUAUUAUAUUCAUCAUACAUACUAGAAUAAAAAUGAACGUGUUUUUAUCACUAGCUUUAUUUGCCGUGCUGGCCAUCGGAGCCCAAUCAGCUAUAACAGGCUUUGCUACCUGUGAUAACAAUAUGAAGUUUUAUGCUGAUGGGGUUUUGAAAGCAUCAAAUAAUGAUUGGACGGUUGCUUCAGCCGUUACUAUCCCCGACAACACUGAAGUUGUUGCUGUUUACUGUAAAGAUUUACAUGUGGUUGGGGGAAUUAAGGUUGCUCUUAGUAAUGGUAUCAAAACAGACAAAAGUUGGAAAUGUACCACCAAAUAUGUCCCUAACUGGAACAAACCAGGUUUUGAUGAUUCUGCAUGGAGUGUUCCUACCGUACCUAAUUUUAACUGGGGAACUAGGCCUUCUCAAUUAAACGGUAAAGCUGAAUGGAUCUGGACCUCAGGAUGGAGUGGUCAACACAAAGAUGUCUACUGUAGAAAAGAACUCCCCAAAACUGAUUGUCAAUGUUGUGAAGACUUGAAGAAACAAAUCAGUGCUAUGGAUUCAAAAUUAGACAAAUUGAUAAGAACAGUGAACAUGUUGAAUCGACCUAUUAGUCCUGUAAUCAAGUCUCCACGAGAAGAAGUUCUCAGAAGAGUUUAAACUCUAGAGCUUUUUUUUAAUAUAGAUCUCAACUUACAUUAAUUCAUAUAAAUUUAUGUCAUAAUUACUGGCAGUAAAGAAAUUUUUACCGAAAUUGAAAACUAGAAUUAGGAAUAAAAAAAAAAAAGGAAUUUUCACCAAAGUAACAUUUUAUAUGGAUCAUAGUAUUUCCAAUAGCAUGUGUUUGACAUCGAAGUUUUAUUCCUGUGUAUUUUUGGUGUUUAGUAUUUUUUAUAUUAGUAUAUACCAGUAUUUCAGUUUUUGUAUUUUGUUUUUAAUCAAUAUGCUUCAAUAAAUUGUUUAUUUUUUAUUCUUG